AUGAAUGUAGACUAUGGUGAAUAUAUGGAUUGGAGAGGGAGGAGUGUCCAACCUAACAAGCACGGUGGGAAAAGAGCAGCCACAAUUGUUUGUUUGCUUGAGAUACUUGAAAACAUGGUGUUCAUUUCAAAUGCAUCCAACUUAGUCACCUACUUCCAUUCUUAUAUGCAUUAUUCAGUAGCAGAAUCUUCCAACAUGGUUACAAAUUACAUGGGCACUUGCUUCAUCAUAACCUUGCUGGGUGGAUUUAUAUCUGACUCUUUUCUUCCAAGGUUUUGGUCUAUUGUCAUUUUUGGAAUUGCAGAAUUAUUUGGACUACUCAUUUUAACAAUUCAAGCACGCGAGGAAUCAUUACGGCCUAGCGCAGGACACAGACCUUCAAGCAUGCAAGCAGCCAUACUUUAUAUGGGGAUCUAUCUCAUGGCCUUAGGUGUGGGAGGUGUGAAGGCCAACUUACCAGCACAUGGUGCAGACCAAAUUGAUCAAGCAAAGGAACACCUCAUUUCUAGCUUCUUCAAUUGGUUCUUCUUUUGCCUCUGCACUGGUGGAAUGCUGGCAGUCACAUUCUUAGUAUGGGUGCAACAGAAUGAAGGCUGGGAAUGGGGCUUAGCAGUUUGCACUAUCACACUCUUUGUCUUUAUUUUUAUAUUUGUUACAUGUUGCAGAUACUGUAAGAUUAAAGUACCGAGUGGGAGUCCGCUUAGCAGGAUUUUUAAGGUACUGCUUUAUAGUGCCCGCAAUUGUCACGCAUCGAUGCAAACACCUAAUAUGGAAGGGCCUAGAGGAAAUUCCCACAACAAGUUCAGGUUCUUAGAGAAGGCAACAUAUGGUGGUCAUGUUACCUCUUUACAAGUGGAAGAAGCAAAGUCUUUCCUAAGCCUCCUAACUAUCUUUGCAUGUACCAUCAUGAUGAACUGUUGUUUGGCUCAACUUCAAACAUUUUCAGUGGAACAAGGACAAACCAUGAACACUGUUCUUUCCAAUGAUUUCAAGAUCCCUCCAGCUUCUCUCACAGCAAUUCCCCUUAUCAUUAUGCUCAUCUCCGUUCCUCUAUAUGAUAGAAUUACUGCCUUAAAUAUGAGAAAGCUAAGAAUUGCACCACUCAAACGAAUUGGCGUUGGCCUAGCGCUAGCAUCAGUCUCAAUGGCUGUUGCUGCACUAGUGGAAGUUAAAAGAAGACAAGCAGCAAUGGAUGACACUAAAUUAUCUGUCUUUUGGCUGGGUUGGCAGUACUUACUUCUUGGAGUUUCAGACAUGUUUACUUUGGCAGGUAUGCUUGAAUUCUUCUACUCUGAAGCACCAGAAACAAUGAAAAGUAUGUCCACAUCUCUCUCAUGGUGCUCAACAUCCAUGGGCUACUUCUUGAGCUCUGUGCUUGUCACCAUUGUUAAUUCAGCUAGUAGAAGAUUUGGAUCAGGAGCAUGGUUGGGUGGUAAUGAUUUGAACAAGGACCGUUUGGAGCUAUUCUAUGCUCUUCUCGCAGUGCUCAACUUCAUCAACUUUUUGAACUAUAUAUUUUGGGCAAAGUGGUAUUAGGGAUUGCAUGACUUGAAUGUACAAGGAUUGCAUGACUUGAAUGUAUAAAUGUUGACUCUUAUGACAUGAUAUUGUCAUAUAUUUUUACUUGCAAUAAGAAUGACCUGUUUAUGUA